AUGAGGGUCCACCUUGGAGGUGAUGUCACAGCUGGAAAAUUCUCUGAACUUCUACUCAAAAUAGGAAAUGGAGAUUUUCCCGAGUUAACUGGGAAGUUGGUUAUCACUAAGGAUUUAGGUUUAGUAGUGUCAACACUACAAGAACUUAUAGUUCAAAUUUAUCCUGAUAUUGCCGAUAUAAAAAACAAAUUGAUGGAUUGGUUAUGUGAGCGCGCUAUUUUGACCCCUAAAAAUGACAAGGCAGCUGUGAUUACUGAAAUUCUUCUUAAAUUAUUUAAGGGAACAGAAAUGGAGUAUAAGUCUAUAGACAUGGUACUGAAGACAGAUGACGCAGUUCACUAUCCUGUGGAGUCCCUCAACGCACUUAAUCUCCCUGGCUUUCCAGCACAUAAGUUAGUCCUUAAAGUAGGAGCUCCAAUUAUGCUGUUGCGAAAUUUCCACCCACCCAAACUCUGCAAUGGUACUCGACUGUGCGUGAAAGCACUCCAAAACAAUGUAAUUGAGGCAACAAUAAUUACAUGUUGUGCUCAAGGAGAAUCAACGUUUAUACCACGUAUACCACUUUUAUCAUCAAACUAUCCAUUCGAAUUUAAAAGACUGCAGUUUCCUAUCAAGGUAACUUUUGCAAUGACUAUAAAUAAGUCGCAAGAGCAGUCGUUGAAGAUAGCAGGGAUUGACUUGAGUGAUGACUGCUUUACACAUGGGCAAUUUUAUGUGGCAUGCUCCAGAGUUAGUUCCCCUACAAGCUUAGUCAUUCUUGCCCCAAACGGAAGAACAACCAAUUUAGUUUAUAAGGAGGUUCUAUACUUAGCUGCAGUAUGCAGGCCACCCAGCGCCUAUGACCAGUACCGUUCGACCUACCGUUCGAGUCACCACGUUACCUACCGACCGACCGCUCAUCGCUAG